UCAACUCACCAGAUGGAGAGGGGGCAGGCAGUGAUGCUUUGCGCGCGUGUGUGUGUGUUGUGUGAGUGUGUUUAUGUGUGUUGAGUGUGUUUAACGCAUGGUUACACAUGAGUUUGCAUAUUUACAGCUCUUGCACAUUUGGCUAUCACGCUGUGCAUAACCCAAUUAAAGGAUUGCGUUGAACGAAAGGUGCGGAAAGGUGAGGCAAUCUUUUAGAGACCACAAUCCAACCUGACGAGCGCGUUUGCACGUGAAAGAGCGAGAGAUUGUGCUCAAGCGUUAAGAAGCGCUUGGGAGAGGGGAGGGGUGAGAGAGAGAGAGAGACGGAGAGAGAGACAGCGAGAGAGAGAGAGACGCGCGAGCAUCAAGUCCCCACUCCACAAUCCAGCAAGCAUCCUUCUACUGUAAGCCCCCCAGUGCCACUAUAGGAGACCCUAAAGCUCCAUAAUCAUGGAUGGAACAAAGCCGGCCCUGGACUCCAACGCGGAGGAGACUCAAGACGAAGGACAGGAAAGCAAAGGAUGCUUUGAGUGCUGCAUCAAAUGUCUGGGUGGGGUCCCCUACGCCUCCCUGGUGGCCACCAUCCUCUGCUUCUCCGGCGCGGCCCUUUUCUGCGGCUGCGGCCACGUAGCCCUGACCGGCACCCUGACUAUGCUGGAGAACCACUUCUCCAGGAUCAGCAGCGACCACGGCACCCUUACCACGGUCGUUCAGAUCUUUCAGUACAUCAUCUACGGCAUCGCCUCGUUCUUCUUUGUCUACGCCAUCGUCCUGCUGGCCGAGGGCUUCUACACCACGAGCGCCAUCAAGAAGGAGCUGCAGAGUGACUUCAAGACCACCGUGUGCGGACGUUGCAUCACCGCCUUUUUCAUGUUCCUGACCUACAUCCUCGCCCUAGCCUUCCUCACUAUCUUUGGCUUCACGGCCAUCCCGGUGUUCCUCUUUUUCAACAUGUGGAACACCUGUGCCGCCAUGAGGUCCCCGGACUCCAACAUCACCUCGCCCGACUCCAUCUGCGUGGAUGUCAGGCAGUACGGUAUCAUUCCCUGGAACGCAACACCGGGAAAAGCUUGUGGUGCCACCCUGGGAGACAUCUGUAACACCAGUGAGUUCUACCUGUCCUACCACCUCUACAUUGUGGCAUUUGCCGGUGCUGGAGCGACUGUUAUAGCACUGAUUCACUACUUGAUGAUCUUGUCAGCCAACUGGGCUUACCUGAAGAGCGCCGUCUCCACGCACGACUACCAAGACAUCAAGACCAAGGACGACCAAGACCUGGAGGCAGAGGCGCGCUCCAAGGAGGGCCAGAACUCGUCCUCCUACUCAUAAGGAUGAGCCACUCCCUCGUCAUAGAGCGCCGCCCGCCCAUUUCCUCCGCUCACACUUUCAACUGCCACACUUAGUAACCCAUCCGGCUCCUUCAUAAAAAAUGCUUUCAAUUUUUUUAAGACAAAACAACAACAAAAAACACCCUAGUUAUAGUCAAGGGUCCCGCCAUCUCCUGAGUCUCUCUGCUCUUCCCUUCCCUUACGCCAUGUUGGAUAGAGUGGGCGUGUUUUCCCACCAGAAGGGAACGGGAUUGAGGGUCAGGAGGAAGGGCACCCCCCCCAAAAAAAAUCGGCUUCCGAAUGGGAGAGCUGGUCCAUCAGGCUGGAGCUCGUAUACGGUCGGUGGGUUAACCAAGAGUCACCCGGCUGUCGGGCCGCGGCUCGUCCGAGUGGGCCGGAUGGCGUCCUUGCCCACCGCUGAGCCAGCGCAGCCUCUCCAUGACCCCCCCCCCCCCUUGACUAAAUAAACUGUGUUGACUGUGGGCGCCCGCCAAGCGCAAGUCAGACAGCAACAACAUCCUCUCUUUUUUUGAUGUUUUAUAUGCAUAUAUAUACGUAUAUAUAUGAAUAUAUUGUGUGAAUGUGUGCGAAUGUUGUCGUUUUUUAAUACCUUCGGAAAAUGCCAGCGACUCUUAAGAUCAUUCUUAUGUUUUCUUUCUUCUCACUUUACUUCUAUACAUCACUAACUAUUGUUAAUGCUCAAAAUAUUGUUACUGUAAAAACUGAAAAAAAAAAAAAUACAGACUAUCCCUUAGCAAGUCAAGUCAUUUGAAGGCAUAUGUGAUUUGGCAUAUUGGAAAACGCUUCGCUCAGUUUGAGUUUAAUGACUAAGAGAUUUUAAUACUCAAUCAUUCAGACCAAAGUUAAAGGUUAAAGGUAAUUGCCUAAUAAUUAUUUUCGCAGCACCUCGGGUUUCAAAAUGUUUGCGAUUCCUGUCUUAAAAGGGUCUUCAGCAGUUUUUCCCAACCAGACACACGUUUUAAAUGAGAAAAAAUGUCCCUGUCAAAAAUGAAAAUGAAAGUUAAUCAUAGAUGUUUUAGUGGAUGCUCUGCUUGUAACUAUAAAAUACUGGCAUAGAUAGAUAAACAAAGCUAAUUUGUGGUCAAUAAAAUCAAAAAUGUAAUAGUGUCCUGUGGCACACUGGUUGGGAAUAAGUGAUCUAAAGCCCUUGCUUAAAAAAAAUAAAACAUAUUUUACUUCUUUUUGAGGAAAAAAGUCCCAAUUGUAAAUACUCAAAUCAUCCCAAAAGAUUUAAAUUGAUAGAUUUAAAACCAUUUAACGCAAUCAGUUUUUUGUCCAUGUUAUUUACUUAUUUAUUUAUUUAUUUAUUUCCAAACAUGUAUUUUCCUUCUGUGUGUUUAGGACUCCAAUGCUAGAUCAGCAUUUGAUCAUUUGGUUGUGUGAGGGACACAGAGCAGUCAUAACACAAUGGAUUGAGCUUCUUGUGAUAGAAACAUUGAAAGAAUUCAUUUAAUCGCUUUUGAGUUCUUCUCAUUAUUCUGUAUUGAUUAUAAAUCUCAUUUGUAUUGUAUUUGUAAUGUUUUUGAUGACCACUGACUCGUCAGUCCCGCUGAGUGUUUUUUUUUUUUUUUUUUUUAACCCUCUCAGAUGAGCCACAGACUGUUUCUGGAUGUUUACACACUGAACAAAACAAGUCAGGAAUUUUCAUACAUUCAUUUUAUAAUCUGAUAUUGUUUCGUAAUCAUAAUCUAUACUGUAUAAUUGAUCACUACUUAGUCAACCCUAAAAAAAAGAAAAAGUACUAUUUGAUGAAAUGAAGCAUGUCAGUAUUGUCCAAGUGUGCAGCUGUCUAUUCUGUAUUUAAAAAAAAAAAAAAAAAAAAAAAGGACUUUAUUGCCAUGUGUGCUAUGUUUGAUAAAUAUAUCUCCUCUGCCGCCAAGUGGAUGUCAAGUCAAAUUUAAAUUUCCUAUCCGACAAUUCAUGUCAGGGUGUUGUAAUUUCCUUAUUAUUUGCAUGAAGGAGACCUGACUGUGUCUUUGCAGUUUUUUUCAGGUGAUGUGUGGUAAAUUGUAUGACAACUUUGCUAGGCGGUGUUUUCCCCCACUUCCUCUAACCCCCCCCCCCCCCACCGCCCAUUUUCUAAAAAACCAAAACAAAACCCCCAAAAAGAUCCAUUGUACUUUGAUGGCAACGUAGUCUAUGUAGGUGUUUCCUUAUGCUUUUUAAUUUAAGUUGGGAAUAGUUUUAUGACUGCUAUACAGUGAUGAUUUUUGUAACCUUCUCUAGUAAAACCGGUAUUUUUAUUAUCGUG